AUGGCUCAUUCUACAGAUUCUGAUUCUGAUUUUGUAUCAACAGCUGUUCCAACUAAAAAAGUGCAAACAAAUGCAACUGUAAGAAAAACAGGGAAAGAAAUCUAUAUCGAUAUAGAUUCAGCGAGUCAAGAUAGGGUUAAAAAAGCUAAAAAUACAAAAAAGAAGAAAAUACUUGAAAAGAAAAAAAGACACUAUGUUUCAGAUUCUUCAUCUUUACAGUCAGAGACAUCAGAGUCAGAGACAUCCACAACAGAUAGUGAUGAAUAUGAUGAUGAAUCUGAUGAAGAAAUCUAUGUAAAAAAGAGAACCGGUGAUAGAAAAUAUGUUGAAGGAGUGACAAAGAUUAAAGAAGCAAAAAGGAAGAGGAAUAAUAGGGACAAUCGUGCAGCAGUAUAA